GAUUGUAGUUCCCGGCUCGCCGCCACCGGUGGCGGCACCGCGCGCGGCCCCGCUCUCGGUGCUCUGGGUGGAUAGAGCGGCCUUGCUGUUGCCAUGGUUUCGCAGGUCAGCCGGGCAAGGGAGGCCACCCAGCUAGGCGCCCGCUAGUUUCGGAGCCACGCGGAGCGGCACAGCGGAAGGAACCCUCGCGGUGUGUCCGGGGAGCCCGGGGCUGAGCGCAAGGGAGCCUGGAACUGCGGAGGCGGCGGGAGCGGGCCAAGCGUUUUCCUCCCGACCGCUGAGUGUAGCUCCUCUCCCAAACCCACUCCCACGCUCUGUGAGUAAAGGGUCGUUAUCGUCCCCAUUUUAGGAAUUGGCCAACAGGCUUGAAGUGAAGUGCCUUGCUCGAGGUCGCCCCUCUAGGAAGUGGCCGAACCGGUACUCGAGCCCAAACGCGCCUCUUUGCGGUCGCUGUGCUGCCUCGGACCCUUGCUUGGCCGUCUACUCCUGGAAAAGCCCGGGUAGGAUUGUUAGAGUCUUCUGGCCCAGCUCUUAGCCUCUCGUCAGUGGUGUAGGUAACUUUCCACACUUAAUGCCGCCCCGCUCAGCCCUGUCGGAUCCUGAGUGAGAUCUUAAGGAAAGAAAAGAAAGUUCCAUCACCUUGCACUCAGCGUCUGAAAAUGGGGAAUAGAUAAAACAAAGUUACAGGAAUACGGUAUCAGGACAUUCUGAAAGCAAAGGAAAAUACGUUCAAUGUGCCAGCAGCCAGUGGUGUGGAAGAAUGGCGGUGAGCCACUCAGUGAAAGAGCGGACCAUCUCAGAGAACAGCCUGAUCAUCCUGCUGCAGGGCCUCCAGGGCCAGGUCACCACCGUGGACCUGCGGGAUGAGAGUGUGGCCCGCGGACGCAUAGACAACGUUGAUGCCUUCAUGAACAUCCGCCUGGCCCAGGUCACCUAUACGGACCGUUGGGGGCAUCAGGUUGAGCUGGAUGACCUCUUUGUGAUGGGCCGGAAUGUCCGUUACGUCCACAUCCCUGAUGACGUGAACAUCACCGCGACCAUCGAGCGGCAGCUGCAGGUCAUCCAUCGGGUGCGCAACUUUGGUGGCAUGGGGCGCCGGGAAUUUCCCUCCAAAAACUCUAAGUGAGCCUGUUCCCUCGGCCAGCCCUGGUCCCCGCCCCUGCCUGGUCCAGAGUUCUACUGAGCCAAAGCCUGUUCUCCCUCCCCGCCCAGAACCUGGGAAGGGAGCCGGGCCAGUCCAGAAACUGGUGUCUGACAGACAUCCCCUGUCACCACUGCAUUUUGCAGGGUCUCACCUCUCAGACUCACCCUGGGACCCAGAAUUCUAGUUAUCUGUUGUGGCCUUGGAGUAGGUGACAAGCCCCCCAUGGGAUCAUUAUUUAUCUGAAUCUCUGAUUUACUGACUUAGGGAAUCUGUCAUAUAGUUUUCACGCCUCUCCCAGUAAGGAUUAUUAAACGUGCUCGUGCUGAGCCUCUCCUGAGCA